AUGAAUAAGAUUCCAUAUGCAUCUGCAAUAGGAUCUAUCAUGUAUGCCAUGUUAUGUACUCGACCAGAUGUCUCGUAUGCUUUGAGUGCAACGAGUAGGUACCAAUCUGAUCCUGGUGAUGCUCACUGGGUAGCAGUCAAGAAUAUCCUUAAGUAUUUAAGAAGGACUAAGGACUCAUUCUUGAUAUAUGGAGGUCAGGAAGAGUUGGCUGUAAUUGGAUACACCGAUGCUAGCUUCCAGACAGAUAAGGAUGACUUUAGAUCGCAAUCUGGUUAUGUGUUUUGCUUAAACGGUGGCGCUGUGAGCUGGAAAAGUUCAAAGCAAGAUACAGUUGCUGAUUCUACAACCGAGGCCGAGUAUAUUGCUGCCUCAAGUGCAGCAAAGGAAUUUAGAGAAAUAGGCAACAUGAUGAUUAGAGAUGAAGGAAUAUAUCUGAAAAAGGAGAAUGUGAAUGCUAAAGUCCAUUAUACUUACCUAGAUUCAAGAGAUUCUUUACUAAAUCAAUAA